CAAGGCCGCGUUUGGCUCCUCCCAAUCUCAAUAAUUCGUGAUUUUGGAUUUUCUAAUCUUAGUCGAAUUUCCGAAAAUCGGAAAGAAAGAAAGAGGUCUUCCGCACCUCACGCGAUUUUUGGAAAUUCUAGUGAGAGUAGAAGCAUUUUUUUUUUCCUUCUCGCGGGGCGUGCCAAACGCGCCCAAAGUCGCUUCUUUUCUCUACUCACUCCCUCUUUCUCGCUCUCCAUGAUAGCUGAAAAAAGCAAUGAAUUACAUCUCAAACGCUUUCUCAAUUCUCAAUUUGGAUGCCGAAGAUGAUAAAGAACAGACGGCUGCUGCUGCUGACGCCACCGUCGAUGGAACAGAUGCUACUGUAUCAGAUAAGGGUAAGAAGAAAGGCAAAGGGUCUGGGAAGAAGAGGCUAGUCAAAAUUGAAAACAAUGACACACAAAGCCCGCCUUCAGAAGAGUUCAAGCUUCCUCUCGUGUGGAUUGAUCUGGAAAUGACAGGUUUGGAUGUUGAUGAAGACAGAAUAUUGGAGAUUGCUUGUAUAAUUACCGAUGGUAAUUUAACCAAAUUGGUAGAGGGCCCGGAUUUGGUGAUUCAUCAAACUGAAGAGUGCCUGGAUAAAAUGGGUGAAUGGUGUCGAAAUCAUCAUGGAGCUAGUGGUUUGACAAAGAGAGUGCUUCAAAGUACAAUCAGUGAACAAGAUGCAGAGAAACAGGUUAUAGAUUUCGUGAGAAAACAUGUAGGCACAUAUACACCUCUUCUCGCAGGAAACUCUGUUUAUGUGGACUUCUCAUUUUUGAAGAGGUACAUGCCGGGUUUGGCAGGUCUUUUCUCUCAUGUAGUUGUAGAUGUUAGCAGUGUGAAGGCUCUCUGUAUUCGCUGGUAUCCAAGAGAAAAUAAAAAAGCUCCUUCCAAAGAAAACAAACACAGAGCUAUGGAUGACAUCAAAGAAAGCAUCGUGGAACUCAGAUACUACAAGGAACAAAUCUUUAAAGGAUCCAAGUCAGGCCGCUAAUAACUUUUAAUUUUUAUUAUUUUUUUAAAAUUUCGUGAUUAUUCCUAUUUACUGGUGGGUGUUAGAAUGCAAUCAUGUGUUCCAAUAGUUUCCGAGCAUGAAUGCAUCACUGGCAAAGGAAAACUGGUGGGCCCCAAUUUAGGCAACCAUCGGAUGGCAAGGCUUUGUACUUGGGGGCCCUGGAAUGAAGAACUAUAGUCAUUUUCCACCUGUCAUUGAAUUGUAUUUGGGGUGACCAGCUUUUAAUAUUGUGUUUGAAGAGGUGCUUUAGAAGUAUUUUUCUCUCUUAACUAGCUAACUCAAGAAAAGAAAAGAAAGCUUAGAUGAGUGGAUGAUAUGUAUAUAUUGUCAGAAAUACAUAUCAGUUACAUUGUGUGGAACAUCACUGCUGUAGAUCCUUGUAUUGGUUUUUUUACUUCCCAUACUCUUUAAUGGUUGGUUUAUGGAUAACUAAAUGUCAACUGUCAAGCGGUUUCUUUGGUUC